AUGGCUCCGCUUGCACACUUGGGCAACAGGUUAACUUCUCAUCAGAUCGCUGAGCUUUGCGAAUUCUGGGCUUCCGAACAGGGUGUCCCCUCCCUUGAAUCCCGCCGUGCGUGGUCUUUAGCCCAUCAAAUAGACCCCUCGAUCGUCAACAAAUGGUUUUCUCGCAAAAAGCGUUCUGCCAACAAAUCAAAAACCAUGUCUAAUUCUGUCGACAAAGAUAAUGUACUUGUGUCCACUCAUGCUAUGUCUAACGAUAUCCUCGACGAAAAGCUAUCUGCUGAUCAGCCAAAUAGCCAAAGGAAGCCACUUCUCGUGGAUUCCACUGAUGAGCCGUCUCACAUCGAUUUGCCUUUGACGCAGGAGUCUUUAGCAAAUGAUAUACUUCCUCUCUUAACUCUGGAAGGCGACAGCACUUGUACAACUGUCCCUGCUAAUACUGCCGUAAACUCCAAUACCUUGACGCCACCAUUAUUCGCAUAUACCCCACUGAGUGUUCUUCAAGAGCCUGAACCAGCGUCACUGCCUCGCGAUCUUGAUGACUUCCAUGACAAUCUAUGCCUUCCGAGUCGCAUAUAUUUGGUCUCUCAAGAAGGAGAAAUUUACUGUGACGAUGGGGCGAUCAGCCAACCUUCAUCCCCAUACCACCCUCCUCUCUCCUCGUCACCCUUUGUCGAUGACUUCCCUGGAUGGAACGACGGGUAUUCAUCGAGCAAUAUAUCUGACCGCCAUCUUCCAGAAGAGGAGAUCCAGGAAGACCGAUGGCUGAAUCUCAUUGAAAUGGCUGACCCAGAGCCUUUCACAUCAACAUCAGCAAACCUUGGGCUCUCCUUCUACAAUUCUACUACCACAUUCCAAUAUCCCCUCGAUCAUAGGCUGGACGAAGGGCGCUUCAUCAAACGAAUCUCUGGCAUCGACUACCUCUCCCGCAUAGGAUGCCAUGAUGGAGAUGCCGCUCAGUAUGAAGAACCAGAAGACAUACGGCAUUUUAUCAAAAGCACUUGGGAUGCAGAAUCAGGUUUGGACGUACAAAAUACGUCAAGUUUUUUAAAAAUGGAACUUGACGUGGACGUAGAGGUAGAUGAUACUGGUUGCCGACGAUCUAUUUGGGAUAUGCUGAAGGUCGAACACGUGGAACAUGUUGUAGAGGGUCAUACCGAAGGGAACGCUUGCGACUCUGGAGAGCUUGGGGGUGACCGGGAGGGAGGAUCUUUUUCCAAAUAA